GGCGGUCCCGCCAUUUUCAUAGCGCCUAGUUUUUGUUACUUGCGUUUUGUUAGGUUGGUUUUUGCUGUCUCCUUCACUCUUCCGGUUUUAUUAUAUAACAACUGGCUAUUUUCAAUAUUCACGUAUCUGCACACUUUUCAAUACUGCAUUACGAAAAGAGUAAAGUCAUUUGUGAGUCAGAAGUGGCUUAUAAGCUGGGUAGCUUCAAACAAUGUAUUCAAACAUUCUAUGGUGAAUAAAUUCUGAAUUUUUCCUGAAAUGGUUUGUUUGAGCGCACAGACUAGAGUUUAGUGCUGGUUUUCAGCAUAACUGGCAUAGUGCUGAAUUAUAAUCCAGCAUAUUCAGGAGUAGACCAGAACCUACCGGGCUCGCCUAAUAUUAAGCUGAAUAUAUUGCCACUCUGCGCCAAAUUAAGUCUUUCCGUUCUCAACUAAGGCUAGUCAGUGCUGAAUACGUGCUGUGAGGGCUGGAGAAACGCUGAUUAGCAAACCCAGUAGGUCCUGAUCUACUGAAUAUACCCAAGUGUGCCAAAUUAGUGCCAGUUAUACUGAAUAUUUCAGCACUAAAAGCAUUAAUUCAGCUGUAAAUACUAUUUUUAAGGUCUUGUCGCACUAACUAAGCGUCCACUGCUCGUUUUGAGAACGACCAGCGUUAUUUCAGCACAUAGUGAAUCCGUUUUAGGCAGAUAAAGUAUUCAUUUAACAUAUCGAGGCAUUAUCGACGCAUACGUUCGAAUUACUUCAGAAUUAUUAAGUCAUUAUUGACUUCACAUAGUAGGCUUCAAGUCUGUAUUUAUCCUUUCGUAAUAAGGAAAUGUGCUCAUUUAACCCCUUCUUGAAUGAGUUGGUUAAGGGCACCACUUUUACUCAGAGUUUAUGACUUGGUUGAAGAACCAGUACUAUACGACAGCAUAGUUUCUCCUUGACUUUUAAACUCUCCUGCUAUAUCUCUUGUGAUGUUCCGACCUUAUGGAAAUGAAAAUAGUAGGUAAAUCAAGUCCAUAGUCAUUUUGGACAUUGUAUUGAGACCUCUGCCUGCGAUAUAAGGGGAAGAGGUUCAAACUGAUAAGUCAUUCCUCGUAUGAUGAAUUAGUUACACCGAAGAGUCAUAGGUGUCUUUCCUUUGAACCCUUCCUGGAAUGUUUGAGUUCCUUUAUGGGACAAGGGCUGGAUGUAGUUUCCUAGUUUUGGUCUCACUAGGAAUGUGUAUAAGGUGGUAUGUGUAUAAGGUUUCACUGGUAAUCUUUGUAAAGACCAUGGGUUUCGCCCAUGGGAAUUCGAAACUUCAAGCUGCCACCAUGCGACACUGUGUCAUAGUUCUUAGGUCGCGACUUACUAUGACACCUAGGCCCAUGUGCGUAUGAGCUGAUGAGAGGUGUAUUCCCGCUGUGUCAUAUGAGCUGACGCUUGCAUGUCCACUGUGCAUGGUUGCAUACUUCACUGUGUUGAUCAGGGAGGGGGUCUAUUCUAACAGUUUGUCGAGAUUCUGUUGUGGCAUAAGCACGUUGUCAUAAUCUUUGAGCUGUCCCCAAAGUCUUAGGUCAUCUGCGUAGAGGAGCCUAGGAGAUUCGGUUAGCCCAUUCAAUUUGUUGAUAUACAGGAUAAAUAAGCGAGGGCCUAGCACAGUGUCUGGUGGCACUCCACUAUGUUCUGUUGUCCGGGUGGGGAGUUUUGGUCUGACCCCGACUCAGUCUCCCACGUAUGAGGAGUUCAUUAAUGCGGUUUAGAAAGCCUGUUUUGACGAUAGACAUUUUUGAUUCCUUAGUUUCGUGUAAUCAUUUCAUGCUUAGCACAGUAUGUGGUUGUAAGUCUGUCUUAAUAUGUGGGGAUACUUUGUGGUGGAUUUUUAUAGUCAGAUUGCACUCAUCGUUUUGUCCUGCGGUGGUUCGCACUUCUUAAUUGCCAACACGAGUUCAACUGUCGCCUAUCUCAUUCCUUUGGAGCUGUCCUCACCCAGCAUUUAUCGAAUUAAAAUUCUGAACUUCCCUGAAUUAUUUGAUUAGAGUUGUCCGGUUGUUAUGUACCUACCAUGGACAAUUUCGUUUGCUGUUCAUGCGUGAGAAGAGGAAAAUGUACGUCAGUUUUAAGUGUCAAAUGUACGUCGCAGCAGCAAAUAUUUUUUUGUCAAGAUAAAGAGUGUAUACAUUACUUCCUGCCUCUGAAUUUUCCUCCGUCACAGUGUCACUUUGCAGUACCAGACAAGACCGAAUGUCUAACCAUCAACUCUCCAAUACAGAGUGAAGCAAAAGUGUUAUCUAGUAGCAGAUCAGGCGGACAGAGAACUGUCUCAACAGACUCUGGCAUCAGUUCACCCGUUUCGAAGAAUAUAAUCAGAAGAUGUGGGUCCACGGAGGCUAGUGCACCUGGAUUUCUUGUGGAUAACUGCAACGACUCGAUGUCAACAUCAACAUCUACAUCACAUUCUCGCACUUCAACUACUUACAGUCACUACAAACGAUCUGUUUUACUACGAGCCAGACGACAAGCGGAUAACCUCCGCUUUAGAUUUCUCAAGGAACGUCGUACAGCAACUAGGAGCAGUUAUUGUGUUGGGUCACUUCUGUCUGCAGGACUGCGGUUUUUAUAGAUACUGUACAUAGUUUUUAUGCUUUCCUUGAAUAUAAUGUACAUAGUCU